CAAGUGCGCGCAGGCGGAUCGCAGUCCGGUGUGGCCACAUUCUGUGACGGGUGAAUUUUUGUUUUUAAUUUUUUUGCCGAGUGCUUAUUAUGCUUUGGCUGCUGGUGUCUCGUCGUCGUGUGAAAUCAUAGCUUAUAAUGUCGUGGACGGGGCGGGUUAUGUGCUUACGCUUUUCGUAGCUAAUGUAAUAAAAAAAACAAAAUUUUACAUUUACAAGUUUUUGGAGAACAGGAAACAAUAAAACUACCAUGCUACCCAUCCGAUACUGGUUGCUGUUUUCUUCAGCCUUCAUAAUAGUUUCCUGUAGUGUACGCAACAGUUCUUCACCAUUUCUGAUAGGAGACGAGGAUGCCCUGUUGACGGUGCCUCAGCUGAUCCGAAAGUAUGGCUACGAUUUGGAGGAACAUCUCGUACGAACCGAGGACGGAUAUCUGCUGACAAUGUUCCGAAUUCCACCUCGGAUACCGGGACUUCGCAAACAUCCGGUGUUCAUGAUGCACUCGCUGCUCAGCAGUAGCGCCGAUUGGAUUAUGGUCGGCCGGAGGCAUGGGUUAGCCUAUCUACUGGCAAACCGUGGCUACGAUGUCUGGAUGGGGAAUGCACGAGGUUCUCGCUACUCCAGACGGCACGAGCGCUACAGUGUUAGUUCGCCGAAAUUUUGGGACUUCAGCUUCCACGAAAUCGGCUACUACGACAUCCCCGCCCUGAUCGAUUACGUCCUGGAGUAUACCAGAAACCGCCAGCUGCACUAUGUUGGCUAUUCGCAAGGUGCCAUGACAUGUUUCAUAACGUUCAGUGAUCGUUUUGGGUACAACGAGAAGAUCAUCGAACUCCAGGCGUUGUCCCCUGCCGUGUACAUGUACCGUAGUUUAAGUGUUCUGAUGAAUCUCAUUGCGUCGACAAUUCCGCGGUUGAGGGACGUUCUAAGUGCAAUCCAAGUGUACGAGCUGUUGCCGAACGCUGAAAAGCAAUACCAUUUCUUUCAAUGGCUAUGCCCAUCACCGGACCAAACUAUUUGCAGGACGGCACUGUACGACCUAGGCGGUAAAAAUCCGGCCCAGAUGGAUGCGAAAACUCUCCGGAUAUUCCAGGGUCACUAUCCGUCCGGUGCUUCCUUGAAGCAGAUACAACACUACGGCCAGAUCAUCCGUGACGGCAUCUUCCGCCAGUUCGAUUACGGUAAUCCGAUCACGAAUUUGCAGUGGUACCGAAGCACCCAGCCUCCCUGGUACAAUCUGUCCCGGGCAACGGUUCCGGUCCGGACCUAUUUCGGAUACAACGAUCACUUGGUUAAUUAUCUGAAUGUGCAGCAGUUGGAGCAGGAACUACCGAAUGUGGUGGAAAGUUAUGCGGUGCCGGAUAAGCGCUUCGGCCAUUACGAUUUUACCAUAGCGUCCAAUAUAAAGGAAGUGCUAAACGACAAAGUGGUGAAAAACGUUGAAAAUGCGGAGAGAAGGUGGAAAAGGAAUCGUGCGCAUUUUUACUGAAAUUAGUUUGGCGACGCUUGCAAAUGCCUAAUGUUUAGUGUAGAGUAGUCGAUUAUGUGCCAGUGAUAGAGUUUUUUGAGUGAGUGCAUUCGUAGGAAUCCAAGUCACAAUCUUACGAAUGUUGUGAUGUUAUGAAUUAGCAUAGAUUAACUAAUAUAGGUUCCUCUGACUGAUUAAACAAUGUGUUCAAAUGAAAAGUUGUGUUACGUUAAACGAGAAUGUGUGUGAU